AUGGCGGCCAUUUUGAACAUGUUCACUUUGACAUCUAGCGCGGUCUUCGCGCGAAUCUUCCUGCUGCUCACUUUUACCGUGUAUUCUUCUUAUGGUGGUGGAUGCACGUUUCCAGCAGAAUGGACCGGGAGCUGGUUCCAAUCUGGGAUCCCUUCUCUCAUUGCGAUCAACUCCACGCAUAUUCAAAUGAAGGGUGAAUGUUCGGAGACGGAAUCUUAUGACAAGUUCCUCUUGUAUGAUAGGAGUUAUGACUGCUACAGGUGUAUGGUGAUACAUGAAAAACACAAGUAUGUACUGCAGUAUAAAGAAACCUUCUGCAGCCAAAAAGACUCGCUGUCGUCCAUAUGCGACGAAAUAAGCGGAGAUGCUCCUCUCUACUCCAUGUUUCGGAAAGAACCUGCUGCUGUGCCGCAGCCCUGCCCCUUCCACCCCGCGCCCUUCACCUUCACGUACAAUCGAGGGUCUGGUGACUGUGUAUAUCCACCUUCGCGAGCUGAAUCUUGUACUGAUGACUCCAGGCUUCUCUUGCGGUACAUGGCUUGUCCCGAUGUACCUGGAACUGAGAGCAAUGUCGAGGAGCUGGUCUGCUUAGCCACCUGGAAGGAAGGUUCCACCCGCUACCUGGUUGGACAGAUCUCGCAGGUGCAAAGGAGAAACUCCAUAGCAUCUGACGAAGAUACUUACAGGUGUUUCAUCUACAAGGGGUUGCAUGGUGACAAAAGCACGUCGUACAUCAUCGCCCAAUCCGGAGACGCUACUUGUAAUGGACUGUCUUCACCCACAGAUGGCAGCAGAACCAUGAAACUGACCACCAGUGACGAUGAGCAUAAUCGCUGCCACUUCCCUGGCUGGAUAGUGGAACAUCACAAAUGGUACAGCUUGGACCACACUCACCAAUACCAUUUUACUACCAAGAAUGCUACUCUGAAGAUCAUGAAUACAGACGGAAGUUUCGAAGAGAAGCGAUUGGUUUGUCAUUCUAUACUCGAGCAAAAGGACAAGAAACAGAUAACUUUGGUCGCGCACGUCACUAGAGGAUGCGAGUCUGGUCACAUCUGCCUCAAAUUCUACCGUCGUGAAGGAAAUGUAUUGGAGCUGCAGCAGGGAUCGAAUCUCUGGGAGUCCCCGCAAGACGCAUGCGCAGAGAGCACACAGCCGUCGUUUAUAACGCUUAUAACAACUUCCCUGACUCCAAUGCGUUGCCCCAUUCUGGGUCGUUACUCCAUCAUUGACUCUCUCGCUGACCGGAGGAGACGUAGACAACAGAUCGGUGAUCCCGAUUCAGAAGGCACCCAGAUGUCUGAAUGCGUUGCUGGAGACUAUGAUAGUGCCAGUAUUGGUUGCGGCGCUGCUCAGGAUACAAUCGAGUUCAAGUCUUCUUGUACCAGCACUGUAUACACGUGCUACGGUAGUUGGCAGGAGGGCGGUCGUGGUUUUCUUGUAGCGGCACCUGUUGCUCGAUCAUCGACACAUCCGCGAACUUUCUGUUUUAUGUAUACGACUAGACCGGGAAACGAUACACGCGGUAGCGAGACAAUAUCUCUAAGCGCAGUGAGCGUGUCCUGCGACAGACGAGCUGUUCCUGGCAGACAUGGAGACAAAGCUUAUAACCUCACUUCCAAUGGCACUUGUGAGCAGAGCAGCAAAUACAACAGCGUAGCUACAAAAUUGGCGCCGGCGGCCAUCUUGCUCCUGUCAUUGCUACUAGCGACUCUCAGAUGA